AUGAAAAAAACUGUAGAGCCAUCACCCAACAAUAAAUUUAUCAAGGCAAGAGAUGGAGAUUCAAAGCCAAACUUUCAACCAGAAACUUCUCAUAAGAAGGCAGUCUCUAUUUAUGGCGGAUCAAGUAAGGUAAAUUCACCCUCACGUACAUCAAAUCCACUUCCUCAACAAUCUAAAAAACAUCCGGUUGUAGUUAGAAAGAAGAUUACUAAAACUGCAAGUACUACUAAUCAAGCAAACAAGGAAACAAAAAAGCCAGUGAAGAAGGGUUUGGAUAAAGAGUUGUUGAGUAUUCUUCCUCCAGAAAUUGUUUUAGAAAUUUUAGAUUAUUAUGUUGGACCAGGAUUUAAAGUUUGUUUGAAUCCUGUAGUGAUUCCUACUAGAGAAAUAGAUUUAAAUUCAUUGAAAUUUGAUGAAUCAUUGUUUUAUAAGCAAUAUUUUGGAAAGUUCACAAACAGAGGAACAGACACUGCCCCAAAAUUGAUUUUCAAGAGAGCUGCAGUAGUUUCUAUUGAUGAUCGUCGUUCUGCAACUGAAUAUCACCGCUUGUUAACAAUAAUGACAAGUCUUAAUUUACCAAUUGACGACUACUUUAGAACGAUGUGUUGGCUGAAUAUUGUAGAUAGAAGAAAAGCACCAACAGAUUUAGAAGAAAGAAUUUCCAAAAGACUCACCUAUAUUUCAAAUGUUUUUGAAAAGGAUAAGUCACUUUGUGAAAAGGUAACCAAAAUUGAUUUGCAAAGAUUGGAGACCUUUGAAAGUGCUGUUGAGUUUGGAGCAAAUAAUUUUCCAAACCUUGAAAUAGUAAGACUUGGAUACACCAACAUGCCUACGAAAGGGUACAUGUAUCAAAAAUCUUUCAGCAUGGCUGAGGCUUCUGAUUCCAUCUGUAAAAUUCAAAACAUGAAGGAAUUUGCUUAUUUGGGAGAUUAUUUUUCUGUUGAAAGCAUGGAGAAAAUUUCCAAAUCAACCCCUAAACUUCAAAAACUAAUAAUUGAAUCUUCUGUCUCCAUUGGAAAAUGUGGAAAUUUUAUUGGAAACUGGCAAGAAUUGAAGGAAGUGAAUGUAUCAAUUCAAUCUUCUUACUCACGCUCAAUUGAAGUAGCAAUAGGAGAUGAACAAACAGAGUUCUUAAAAGCUCUCAGCGACUUGAAAAUUGAAAAGCUGACUGUUCGACACGACUCAAUUUGUCUUUCGACCUUUAAUAGACUACCUUCAACGCUUACUUUCCUUGAUUUAGAACACACAAAGAUUAAUUCACAAUUGUUUGAAGGUAUUUCAGAAUUAGUGUCUCUUAAAAGUCUGUAUCUUGAUUGUACACGUGGACAUGAAAGAGAUGAUUUCAAAUACCUUAAGAACCUCCCUAACCUUGAGCUAUUAUCUGUUACACAAAGCUCAACUUGUGGAGAUAUCGGAACAAAGCAUAUUUCAAUGAUAACAAGUUUGAAAAAGGUUUUCCUUUUAAAUUUGAGUCAAGAUCAAAUACAUGAUGAGAGUGGUAUGACUCUUUCCAAUUUACCUAACCUAGAAGAAAUAGAUCUUCAGUAUUGUGAAAUUACUGAGAAGACAAUUAAUAGUAUUGUUAAAAAAUGUAAUAAUAUUUCAAAGAUUUAUAUCAAUGGGUGUAAAAAGAUCAAUAAGGCUAAGCUGUUACCAAAUAUCAAACACCUUCUUGAUGAGUACAGCUUUUACAGAAUCCGACAUUCAGUUGACUGA